AAGAACGGAAAUACAUCUGCCAAGAUGGCGACAGAAUUUUUUAGUUUGUAAGCUGUGUGAUGAAUAUAUGUAAUGUUAAGCCAGACAUAUCAAAAUUGGUUCUGGUUCAUUUGUACGUGUGUAUAGCGCAAAUGUAAUGUUUUGACGUUCUGUUAGAGUGCUACUUGUGCGAAGGAUAUGAUGUUUUGUUCAAUAUAAAUGCGGCAUUCGGAAGCCAUCGACGUGAUGAUUGUACGUUUUCAACAUAUAUUGUGAAUAUGAAAGCCGUUUCAAUGCUGCCACCGCUGGAACCCCACAGCCCUGUAUUCUGUAAUGCAAUCAUUUACAGAAUCCUUACGUUGCCUGGAAUGCUCAGACUGCAAGGCAAGCUUCAGUUCAGCAUCUCUCUUACUACAGCAUUUUGCACAACAUGUCCUGGAAAGAAAACCUGAUGGCGAAGCCCCGAGUGAAAAUGUUGGGGAGCUUCACUGUUUCCACAGAUAUAAAGGAAAAGAGAAAGAAAGCAUUUUGGAGACAGCAUUGAAACAUACUAGCGGUCAAGUUGCUGACACACAGCCAUCGUCACUGGAAUCUUGUUCGCCUCUCUCGUCCACAGCUUCUCCUAUUUGUGAGAGUGCUAGUACCAGGAUCUCACCAAAUAGUUCCUUCUGUGAAACUACGCCCGCAGUAGAUAAGAAAGAAGCAUCUCUUGCGAGGCUCGACCUGCAGACCCGGCUGGAGAACUGUAUCAUGAGGCUUGCUGCAUCCAGGAGCGCACUGUGUGAAUCUGCUCUCGAUUUGUCUAGUACUAGCAGUGGUAGGACUUGUGCAGGUGAAAACAUUGUAGUGAUGAAGGAGUGUACAGAAAAUGUACGCAAGUGUUCUUCUAGCAGAAAACAGAAAAAUCCCAAGAAAAUAUGUUCUACCAUAAUCAAAGAACAAGACCAGAUGGAGAAUGUUGCAGUGACAGAGGAAAAAUCUGCAGGCAAAAGGAGGUACCCAUGUCGUCUUUGUCCCAAGGCAUUUGGAUGGUCAACAGAUCUCAAGAGGCACAUCCUUACACACACAGGAGAACGACCCUUCAAAUGCCGCAGCUGUGAUGCAACAUUUACCCGAAACUUUCUUCUUCAGAAACACGAGAGUCGUGUCCAUGUAGAAGGUCCAAUCGUAAACACUGGAGAUUCAGGUGAUGAAAACUUCACCGUGGAAAAGAAGAGAAAGAGAUCCAAUGGAGAACUGUCAUCACGCUGCAAUGGUGUUUCAUGCUUUGUCUGAAACACAGUUUUGAGAAACUGUGGCAAGUCUAGUAUGGAAAACAAUAGGGAAAGGUUAGUUUGCUACUCACCAUAUGGAGGAGGCGUUGAGUCACAGGCAGGCACAGUAAAAACAUAUUUUACCAUUCUUUUUUAUUGUGCCCAUCCACACACAUUUUGUAAAACUAUUGACUUGUUCAGUAUUACUGAUAAAUAGUCUUCUGACGUGUAUGUGAGCUGUUCUUACAGAAUUUAUGCACCAGUCGUAAUGAUUUGAUUUCUCACAUCUGUGAGCUUUUGUCAUAUGGAAAUCCCAAAUUCCAGUUUAACAGAUAAUUUUCUAUCCUAAUGCAAAAUUCUGCAUCGCAUCGUCAAGCUGGUUAUGAAAGAAACAGUUACUUUUCACAGAUUCUUGUUUUACUUUUGAAAGGAGUGUACACCAAUUGGAUCAGUUUCAAACGAAAAGUGGGGAAAGAAUGACUGUCGUCAUUCAGGCAAAAAUGCACGAAGGAUACCUAGUAAGGCACAAAACAGCAUGAGUGUCAUUGCAGCAGCCUGCAUCAAAUGUUAUUUAAUCAUUGUGAGAUAACUUUGAAUCAGAAAACAACAGAGAAAUUGAGGAGAUGUAAGUGUUAGGAAUUGUGUUAAGGCAGAAAGAAACAUGGCUGUAUAUUUAUGUUGCCUUUAACCUAUCUCGUAAGUACUUAUAUAUUCACUGGUAGCAUGCGUGAGAGUGCAAAAUGCCUGAAAAUAGCCUUAUUGAAUUUUAUACAGCUAAAUCUUACAAGAACAUGGAGAUUAUUAUUGUUAACUUUAAGGGUAUAAUAUUAUCUCUCCCUUCAUAAUUACUUCCGCAAUAGUUCAACUGCAGGCUAAGGUCUUCUUUUAUAUUCUAAAAACCAUUUAAUAUCUUUCCAGCUAACAAUUCAGUUUACAAUACAUUUUAAGAACUUGCUGAGAAUGUCUUAAAGCAUUGUUCAAUAUUUUCUUACAUCCAGCUGCUAUAUUCGUUGAGAUGGUAUUUGUGUACCAAGUGUUACAAUUUACUUGAAUGUUUUUUUUAUCUUUUGCUGGGGCACUUAAAAAUUGUUUUGGAGAUAGUCAUUCAUAAUUCAGUUGCAAUGAGGAAACCGCCAUUUUGCUGUAAAACAGUGUAAAUUUCAUGAUGGACGUAACAGAUUUCAUCAGGAUCAUGGUUUUUGAAUAUUAGUUAAAUAUGUUCAUUUUUUGGGUAAGGAAUAAAAUUUCAACUUGUGAGUCCAAAGGCGGCUGCAGUUGUAUCUUAUCACAGAAUUUUGUGGGUUUGGAUUUCCAGUUUGAAGUGAAACCAAGUACGAAAAGAAAAACCUGAAAAAUAGACCUCUAUCAACACCAGAGGUGUGUUGACAUGUUUGAAGCAUUAGAUUUUCAAUUAGUUUAUUGAUGGCCAAUAUGUAUCUACAAAUUAAGCUCCUUAUACUUAAUAAUUUAACAUUGAAAAUCAUAGCGAGACAUGCAGUAUUGGUGAUAAUAUGGUUUGGAAGGAAAGAAAUCUUUUGUUUUUCAACAGUCCUGGUUGUAUAUUGCCAAUUAAUUUAUUUUAAAUAGGAAUUUUGAUUUCUGAAAAUAUUGACAAAAUUAUGGUUUGUUACAUAAACUUUUUAUGAUUUCCACACAAUAAGACACAGGCAAGUCUUCAAAAGUCACAGAUAUCAAAAGUGUAGCUAAUCAAAUCAUUGCUCUUGUCCUGGAAGAAUUGUUGUAACAUACAGACAGUAGUGUUUUUAAAUGGAUGUUUGAAGGUAUAGUCUAAAAUGCAAUGUAUGUUCUUCUGUAAGUGAACCAACAUCCUUCUUGUUGGUGAGUGCACUGUAUCAAUUUUUUUGCACCUAAGUGUUUAUUCAACACCUCUCUUUCUGCAGCUGCUUAUUACACACAAGAUAAUAUUUGAUGCUCACAGUGUAAUUUUAUUUGUUUUCACUGAACAUGUGAAAGUGAAUAUACUGUAUCGCAAGCUAGGUUUUUCCACAUUUUUUAAAGCUACUUUGGUGCAAAUUAAUUUCAUUUACCAACCUCCUUUGACAUCGUCUCACAGGUGUUCAAGACAGUUUUCAUAGAUCAUAUUUAAUGCAGAAAUUUUUUGAUAACUGUAUAUUCAGAAAUGAUGGCAAUAUUUUUAUAAUAUGAAAUUUUUGUAACUGAACAAUAACUAUGACAAUAUUUGUUGGUGAAUUGAAUAUGUAUUAUAACUGAGAAAUUUGAGCAUUGCAAAAGAAAAUAUACUUGUGGCUGUAUGAUAGUACAAGAUUAGUCAUGUUCAAAGCUAUAGUUUACUUCAGCAUAUAUUAUGGCUGUCUACUGUGGAUGACUGAUUCCUUGGUGUGUAAACUGGAAAUGAUUUUAAACAUUAUUUAAUGUUAAAUGGGUGAGAGCAGUGGUAUAGGUCAUGUAGCUCACUGAGAAAUUUUGAAACUAGAAUUUCUGUAAAAUACAUAUUUUUAUUAAUUCAUCAGUUUUGUAAAAAGUUCAGGAAAACUAUAAAGGGAAACCUAUUUGUGUGUCAAUUGAAGGAUACAGAAUGUAGAAUAGCAUUAUAAACCACCAAGUCUUAUUUACAUGACUCACAAAAAAGAUAACUUAAUGCAUAACAUCUUGUCCAAAUAGGGGAUAUCAUAGUUGAGGGAACACAGAAAGUAAUGAAGUACUAACAACAUUUUUACUUCUUUGUGUUAGUUUAUAAGUGACUGUUAGUGUUGAAGUUUUUUUUAAAUCAUUAAAUGUGAUAGUAUCCAAUUGGAAGAUUUAAUUGCUUCUUCCUGUGGGGUGGUCUGUGUGUUACAUUUUUUACUUAUUGUAAUGUGAAUUACUGUAUUUCUGUCACAAUGAAGUACCACGUUGAUGAAUGAAUGUGCAAGGUAUCACAUAUUUAUUUAUCAGUAUUUUGACAGUGUGCUACAUUUCUUGAAGCAUUAGAUUGAAACAUCUUAUGUGCUUAUAUAUGUGCCAGAAAAUGGUCAGAUAUAAAUUAUUGUUGAUGUAUACCACUGAUCUCAUACAUUUUGUAGUACUGAAUGGAAAGGUGAAUGUUUGAUUGCUCACAGUCUCAUUGAAGAAAUAUGAAGUUUGUGCAUUUAAGAUAUAUGUGGCAGAUGUUGUUAUUUGAAUUAUUGUUUAAGGAUGUUACAAAAAUAAUAUUGUUUCUUUUAAUUUUACAUUACUACAUUGUUGCUAGUGAUCUAGAGGAAAAACGUAUUAAGUGAGAUAUGAAAUACAGAGGAUCAUCACAAAAAUUUCCUGGCUGUAAACAGUAUGAAGUUUAUUCACAUGUUUGCAUCUGUAACUAGUGUAAUUCCACACAUUUAAUUGAUUUUAUGGUAUUGUGACAGUGAUAAGAAAGGUACGUAAAUAGAUUUGAGUAAAAUCACUGACGUUAUAGUGACAGAGAAUGUUGCCACUCGUAUCUAUUCAAAAGAGCAUCAAGCAGAAUACUAUACAUAAGAAUAAGUUAAUCAUUUAAACAGUGCAGCAUUUACAUGUUUCAUGACCACACACACAAUUCUUGUGGUGACAUUAAUGGCAUUGGAAACAGUCGUUUGCUAUUAAUAACCAUAAAAGCUUUUAAUGUCUUUGUUCAACAGUUUUUAAGUUUUGGGAAAAGUUUUUGUAGUUUCAUUAGACUAUUUCCAAAUUGUUAUCUAGUACAUUCAUUCUGCUGUAGCAUUUAAUACAUUACUGCUUAAUGGAAGAAUUAAGAAUUAGAAUAAUGCAGAGGUCGAAAUAGGCAUUUAGUUUUGUGGUUCAGUGCAAUGUUCCUAACACUUAGUAGUGAAUGUAACCAGUGCAUUAACAUAUUUGUUUUUAACAUAUGUGUGUAAUUAUACAUUUCUUAUGAAUUAUGUAAUGUAACUAGUGACAACUUCACUGUGCAGUGGCUAGAGAAACCCCUAAACAUUCAUCAGUCUGUUUUGAUGUAUACUAAAGCAGUUACUUCAAUGUAACUCUGAACAAGAUAUCGAACAAUGGAUCUCUAGGAUUUGCUAACCAAAGACUGAAGGAUGAUGGAAGAAAUAGAAUUAUAGAUAUUGGGGUGGAGGGAGGCAAUAGAAGUAAUUGGUUUUAUUGUUACAAUUAUUUUAUUUUUAUCCCAGUAUUAUGCAGGGCACAUAAGGCAAUUGUCUCUCUUUCCCAUGCAUAAUGAUUGAAAUAAUAUGACAACUAUCAUUUAGCAGAAUAUCUUGUUCUUUUCUGUCAUUUGUUUUCCCAUUAAAAAAGUGAUGAAGUAAUUGAUUUUCUGUGUGGAUGUUCAUUAAGGUAGAUGGGAAGUGUCCAUCAUCAGUGCUAAAUGGGCUGUUAAAAUGUAAGUGGCAAAGUCACACAAAAUAAUAAAAUAUUUCAGUAGUGUUAAGUUUCAAGGUGAUAACUGAACUAGUUUAGGUGAAGUUUGACAAUACUUGCAAAAUUACUGGGAAAGGACGCAGUUCUAUUAUAAAAUUAAUUUGCCUUUUUUUUAAAAAAAAAUCAAUUCCCACCCUUAUUAGUGCCCAGCUAUAUUUUUUACAAAAGUGCAUGAUCAAUCAGUGUAAAGUAAGAGUGUUCACACUAAUGUUUUCAGGUUCUUCAGCUGUCCCAAUCUGUUUAAAUGUCGAACUGUCAACCAGUAUAUAAAGAUUAUUGUUUUCAGUCCAAAAUAAUUAAGGGGGUGGAGUUCCAAGCUCUGCAGAUAGCAAUGGACAUUAAUUUACGCUGUGUACCCAUCAUGAAUCACAUUUCCUACAUUUGUUUCAAUGACUUAAGCCCUUGGCAUGUGACAAAUUUGUGUUUUCUUAUACCAUAAUCACUCUGUUGUGUAACUGAAGGAUGUUUUCACACAUUUGUAUAUGUUGAAUUCAUCAGCUGGGCAUAUACUUGGGCUUUGUUGCAGAUUGAUUCGGUACGGAACAAAAUCUCAUUCCACCCAAUAAUUGUUUUGCUAAUUCAAGAAUAUUUGUUUGCUCUGUCUCCUCUACCUGUAGGCAGUAAACAAUCACUCUUCGUAUAACAUUACAGGUCUGUAUUUGAUAACAGAUAUAUUCUCAGAUUUAUCAUACAUAAUCGUAAGAUUUCUCCAAUGAACAGAAUACUGUUUUAUUGCACUUCAGUAAUAUGAGUAUUCCUUCCAGACAAUGUGAUUCUCCUUUGUUGCAUUGUAAAAUAUGUAUCCAACAUUGCUACUAACUAUUUUAAUACCAUAGGUGCAAGACCUGUUUCAUUUUAACUAAUGUCACCAUAUGAGCUAGCACACAUGCUGGUCUUUUUUCGGAGCUUAUAAUUUGUGAAGUGCAAGUAUGGAUUCUGUGGUGUUUCUCUGAUCAGAUGUGCAUUAGUUCUAGUACUGUAUCAUUGAUAUAUUCCCCAUAUAUUCUAACUGGUUUCCCAUCAGUUUUCAACUUCGUGUCAUAUUAAUAGCAUAUGAUGCAUCCAUACGAUGAUGAUGUAUAUAGGGGGUAUGAGAUUCAAAUCCUGUCCAGUCAUCCUAAUUUACGUGUACUUUGGUUUUCCUGAAUCAUUUGAGACAAAUGCUAGAAGUUACUCGAAAAAGUCACACUGAGCUAGUGCAUAGACUAAUGAUGUAGACAUCUGUCAGAUUUUAAAUGCUCAUCUCCAUUAAGGAAGGUAUGUUUACACUUUAUUCUGUUCUCUAAUUCUCAUUGCUCUCUAUCACUCAUUUCCUGUUGCAACAUAUCUUACCUACAUUCUUUUUGCACAUUUCUUAUUGAUACACUGUAAAUUUUAUUUUACAUUAAAUUUCUCUCUCUCUCUCUCUCUCUCUCUCUCUCUCUCUCUCUCUCUCUCUCUCUCUCUCUCUCUCUUAUGCCUGUAAUUUAACUUACAACUUAAUUAUUUUUUAGGAUACAUUAUGAAGUAUCUUUAUUAUAUCUUGCUUUUGAAAUAGUGUGUUGACAUUCCUUUUCUUUCCUGUAUCAUGUGUACCUCUUGAACUCUUUUUAUCUUAAAACUGAUUUUUGCCUUCACUGUCGAGCUCCUUUGUGAGUUUUCCACCACUCUAACUUUGAAAGUCUGAGAUUUAGCUGGGUCUUUUUCUUUUAUUGACUGUCGCUGAACUUCUGUUGGUAUGUGCUCCAUUUAUAUUUAAGUAAAUAUGGCAACUAAAUUAUAUUUCAAAAAUAAUCUUAUGUCUGACCAAACAGUAUAAAUCCACUUACGGUCCAAAGUAACGUUUUAAGGACGAUUGUGAACUAUUGUUAUGUUUUUGUUGGUUUGUGGUGAUGAGGGUGGGCUGGUGGGAAGAGCCUUGGAUAUGCAUGGUAGUUUCUUGCUACUGUAUUGCAUGUCUGGUUUUAAAUGUCACAGUAACAAAUAUGUGCAGUUACCAACUAAGUUUCUGCACUACCUGGUGCAAAAUUAAUUUUUUUUUUGAUCCAAACUGGAUGAUUAAUACCCUGUGUUACCACAAAUAUUUCUCCUGUAGCCUAUUCUCUCAUACCAUUCAGUAUUCUUCUCAUAAAAUUGUUUCUUUUAUGCUGUGAUUUGAACAUUUGAGAUGUAUUUUGUAUAUAUAUAUACAUAUAAAAUAUUGUAAGAGCCAAAGAAAUAUGUAAAUUUCAGAAAUUGAGGAGUUACAUGUGUAAUAGCCCAUAAUGCACACAUGUAUAGCACAUUAAGAACAAGAGUACCGUACUGUCUAGCUGCAGACAUUUGCAAAAGUCAGCUUAUUUGUUUCAUUGUAUUUCAGGGUACAGCAAAGGUUCCUCUCUUAUACCAUCAGGAAACUGGAUUUCUCAGGCCAGUUUUUAGUGUUAUCGAUGAAAUCCAUUACAAAACUGAUGUUUGCAAUUUAUUUUAGUAACAAAUUCUUCCAUGAAGACAAUAAUUCAAUGGUGUUUUAAUAUGUAAAUUCACUGAGAUGUUUAUAAAAAUUAUUAUUAUAGAGAGUUGAAAUAACGCUGGAACUCACGCAAAGUAAAUGACGCGUCAUUUAAUUAGCAUAUUUAUAUUGAUGGAGAAGUGGUAUAAUACAAAAGCUGUAUUUAUAUUUUCCCUGUACCGUUUGGAUUUUGUAUUAUUUGAUGCAGUUUUGUUGUCAAUAUUAUUUCCUUUAAAAUUUUUGUUUCUUAUCAGGGGACUAAUUUUCUACUAGUUCUUUGCUGAGAAAAAUAUCGCUCUCCGUUGUUGCAUUAGACUGUCAAGUCACUUGCUAUCAAUAUAUUUGUAUAACUCUGUCUGUUUUUAUUUCAUAUAUUUUAUGUAUCCAAUGAAAGUUCAUUAAAUUGAAUUUGGGUUUAUUGUAAAUAUUGGUUUUACGCAUGUGACAGUUAUAGAUAAGUGUCACUAAGUAACAUUACAAUAAGAAAUCUGCAUGUGGGGAUGAUAUUGCGUUUAAGAUCAAGCAUCCAUUUCCUGUUAUUGCAGAAUAAAUUUGCUCCUUAACUACAAAUGUGUAUGUAUGUCAUAUCUUCAACAAUGGAUUUUUCUACAUAUUUCACACAAUGUUGAAUCAAUGUACUUUGCUGUUUGUUCAAGUUCUGUCAUUACUGUGUUCAAAGUUUAUGCUGUGUAUGGGAUAUUUUUGUAUUACAUGCAAGUACAUUGCCUUCUAUUUUGCUUUUCAGAAUAUUAGACAGUGCUUAUUUCACAUGCAGUAGGUGCUUUUUUUUCCCAGCUGAUUCGAAAGACAGUACUGCUACAUUUUUAGGCACUCAGUGUUAUUGGAUUAACAGGGAUAAAUGUGUGUACAUAACAUGAAGGAUAUAGUUGUCCUGGUGUCAAAGGAUAUGAUUAUCUGAAGAGUUCAUAAUAUUUUGCAAAAUUUACGUGCUUUUGCGUGAGCUCACUUUCAUUCGAUUUGAUUGUGAAUGAUAAGACUGCUGUUGUGGGUUGGUGGGGGGGGGGGGGGGGGGGGGGCACAUGUGUGUAACACUUCUUUGAGUCUUUUCCUUUUUGGCAAAACCGUUCAGAUUAGAAAGCCAUUACCCUUCUUCGCUUAUAUGCUUUUUUUCUUUUUGCCCCCGAUAUAUUGUUUCUGUGUGUGUAGUUGUACAUCUUGCAAGCUACACAGUUUUGUUGCUUAGUAUUUUGUGAAUUGCUUUUGAGGAGGUAGCUUAUGAAUUUUUAAUUAAAUUCUUGCAAAAGAUCCUCUUAUCUUGUUGUCCUGAGUUUAUUUUUCUUCCUUUCGCAGUUGACAGAAAAGAACAGUACUGUUGUGUUCUGCAUUCUGCAGCCCAUGAUGGUCAGUUACUUUUCCUACUGUUCUACUUGUGAAGUAUACCUUAUAAUAUGUAACUUUACUCAGUUUUAAAUGAUACUUUCAGUGACCAUAAAAUCCACUAACACUGUGAAUUUGUUGACCACAGUCGGGGUCAUACUUUUGUUAAUACAUUAUUCAUUUCUUCUCAGAUGGAAAUCUAACUUUUUGUUGUGUAACUACUAAUCAGUUGUUUAGUUGAAAUGGACAUCCACAUACAUUGGCAAUAAUUGUUUUUGUUGUGUCCAUGUACUUUAUAUUCAACACGAUAAAAUUUAUUUUGUACAGAACUUCUUGUAAUGUUUAGUUAUUACAUGUGAAAAUGUAGUGUGAUGUUUAGUUGUAAUUAAUUUCAGUAUUCAUAACACUAAUUCAGUAGCAUUAUUGAAGUAGCUCUUCUUUCUUUUUAAAUAAAACAUAUUGUGCUGUUUCUUCUCUCGAUUUACUUAUACUUAGUGAAGUUCCCAUCAUGCUUUCAAAGUAACUCAAACAUUUUGUGUGUUUGUAUUGGUUAUAAUACAGAAACAUCCCAUACUUCAGCAAUAUCAAAUCUGUGCUUGUUUCAGUUUUUGUUGUUUUAUUAUUUGGCAUAAACAGCAUUGUAAUUUAGAGGAAAGAGGAAAAUUAUUUUGUGACUUGGAGAUUCACACCUUUGUGCAAUAUAGAAAAAGUACAAGAAUAUUACAUUCUUUAAAACUCAAUAAUAUACAUAUUUCCAGCAAGGAGCAGGGCAUGUUCUUUAUUGUGUGUGCAACAGUAUGUGUAAUUUAGUCAGUCAGUAUUUAUUUGAGAGAAAUGCCUAUUACAUGUGUUCUUAAGGUAACUGCGUUGUGUGAUUUUUAAGACAGUGUAACAAUUUCGUUGUAUGUUUUUAAUUAAGGAGUGGAUUUGGGAACUUUAGUACAACUUCAAAUAGUUAUGUCUACUUUUUUUACACAAAGAUAUUUCAGAUACUUUUUGAAAGAAAUUAUACAUCAGGGUGCCUAUGACUAGUCACAUAUAGAUAUAACUGAAGAAACUAGAGGCUUAUGCCAACUUCCAGUCUGAUAAAUAUAAGUAAAUGACUAGGGAAUUUAUAGAUGUGUUCUCAACUGUCUCAUUUUAAUUCUGCACUCUUUUGUGUGUGUGUGUGUGUGUGUGUGUGUGUGUGUGUGUGUGUGUGUGUGUGUGUGUGUGUGUGUGUUUUGAAGAGCAAGAGGAAAAGAUAAUAUGUCUAUUUAUAUGUUGUGAUAAUGUACUUAAAAUGAUUUUGUACUGCUAACUGUGUUACUGAUGGAACUGACACAAGUCUUGAGAGAAUAUUCAAAUGUGGCCACCAUACUUGCAUCAAUUUAAUGAAACAUUAAUAGUGAAGGUGCUCUAAUUUGUUAUAUAGAACUUCCUAUUUAUAUAUUUUUGUGGUGUUACAUUGAGAAUAUUCUCAAUUUGUUCCUUUUUUUGUAUUAUAGCAUGUACGUCAGUAUUCACCAUUGUAGUUAUUUUAUACAAAAUACAUGUUGUUGUGGUGUAAAAAUUUAAUUGAUGUUUACUUUUUGUUCAUGGCACUUUUUUAUUUCUAGAAUGUCUGAACAAAUGCUUCUGUGGCUGUGGAUGAGAUGAAUGUAACAAGAGAAUGCUAAUAAAAGUAGUCUCUGGUAUAUUUUA